CAAAAGAUGUUUGGCAACAGAUGGACAGAGAUUGCAAAGGUUGUAUCAGGAAGAACAGAUAACGCUGUAAAGAACCGCUUCUCCACCCUCUGCAAGAAAAGGGCAAAAUUUGAGGCUUCAUCCAAGGAGAAUAGUGUUCCAUCUUUGGACCCAAGCAAUAAGAGGGUUCUUGUUGAAGAACCAUCUAUAGCAAUACUAAUAGGGGAACCAUCGACAUCAAAUAAGCAGAUGGGGUAUCACAUCUCUCCUCUCAAAGAGACAAUUGAAGCACAUAGGAGAUCUCUUGGGGAACAUGGUCCAGCUCAACAUCUGCAAAGGCCACCUCUAUUAGAAGUUCAAAACUUUGACACAGUUAAUCAGUCAUCAGCUUCCAAUAAGGUUAGUCAAGCAACUUUCCUUGGGAGAGAUGACCCAAAACUAACUGCCUUGUUGCAACAAGCUGAAUUGCUGACUACCCUUUCCAAGAAGGUUAAUGCAGAAAAUACCAACCAAAGUCUUGAUGAGGCUUGGAAGGAGCUUCAAGAGUACUUGAUUCAAACUGAAGACAGUGGGCUACUAAGAAAAAGAAUUGCUAUUUUUGUAAUCAGUUUGUUGGGUUUUGAUCAGGUUGUUGAAGUACCAAAUGUCAGUUGGGAUGAUAUUGGUGGGCUGGAAAAUGUCAAGAGGGAACUGCAAGAGGCAUUUGAAGGUGAAAAGUGGUGA